CUGAGCCCACGUGGCUCGUGCCCCGCGAGAGCUGCUGCUGUGUAUGUUUGAGUUUCUUUAGCAAGAAUAUAAUUAUUAUUUUCAUCAUGCGUCCGUUAACAGACGAAGAAACCAAAACAAUGUUUGAGAAACUCUCUAAAUACAUUGGGGAGAAUAUCAAACUUCUUAUUGAUCGUCCUGAUGGGACUUACUGUUUCAGACUUCAUAAUGAUAGAUUAUAUUAUAUGAGUGAUAAAAUCUUGAAGUUGGCUACAAAUAUCUCCCGAGACAAACUGGUAUCUGUUGGCACGUGCUUCGGAAAGUUCACGAAAACACAGAAGUUUCGUCUGCACAUCACCGCUCUCGAUUUCCUCGCGCCAUAUGCUAAGUUUAAGGUGUGGGUGAAGCCGGGAUCAGAGCAGUCAUUCUUGUAUGGAAACCACAUCAUGAAGUCCGGCCUGGGGAGAAUCACAGAAAACACAGCACAGUACCAAGGAGUGGUGGUCUUUUCGAUGGCAGAUGUACCGCUGGGCUUUGGAGUGGCAGCGAAGACCACACAGGAGUGUCGCAAGGUCGACCCCAUGUCCAUCGUGGUUUUCCAUCAGGCUGAUAUCGGCGAGUACAUCAGAAGUGAAGACACUCUCACAUAAGACGAUAUAAUAUCUCCAGUGCUCAUGGAUUGUUCAUUACAUGAUUGGAUGUUCGCAACUUUACAUUCUUUUGGACAGUUUUCAGUGUUUAAACAAUAUUUGUUAUGUGACUUUCCAUUGAUUAUUUCUGUAUCAAAAAAAAAAAACUUCAACUUUUUUUUUUUCAUUAACUAUUUUCAUCUGAUUUUAAAAUGAUACAUGGCAGCUGGGUAAUGUCAAACCAAACAGGAUACAAAACUAGAAGAAAACCAGACCAAUCUUACAUAAACUAGAAAAAAAUUAUGUUAAAAAGUACACUAACUUGCUAAACAGGGUUCACGCACCUUUUGACCAAUUAAAAAAAAAUUCCCAGUGUGUCAACUUGUUACUGUGAAAGAAAUAACACUGUACAAUUUAUUGCCAAUGAAAUAAAUUAUUUUCGAAUUACA